CAGAAUUUCACAGGUCUGGACGCGCCGAACUAAUCCGUUGCAACUUCAGCCCGGCGACAACCUCUCGAGAAUCAGAGCAUUAGGCAUACUCGAGUAUCCCGCAAUGUCUGCUCCAAUACGUGCGAUGCAGCUCCAAAAGGCUGCUGCUCGGCUUAUGCCAAAGCAAGCCCACGCCACAAACCUACUUUUACGUACCAACUCCUCCCGGCACAUCGUUCAGAAGCUCGGUAGCUUUCAACUUCAACAGCAAUUGCGGCUCAAAUCAACGUUUGAUCCCAAAUCAUUCGAACCGGGCCAGCAGAAAUCCGAAGAUGGAGAGGAAAAGAAGAUCCCCAAACCAUCUGUCGGCCAAAUAUUCUCGCAGGCCUUCAAGGGUGCAAUCCAGAUGCUGGGUGGCGUGUUUCGCAGUGAGAACUUGAAGAAGGCUUGGCAGACACAUCCGGGCGAGUUCAGUCUGGCAGUUAUAAUGCUUACCGGUGUUGCUGGUGUCGUUGGCUACACCGUCUACCUCUACUUCAACUACUUUUACGCCGAACAGUUCACUCGGUAUCCCGACGAAGUCGCCUUUUCCCUACGCAAGGCCCUCUACUACGGCGAUUAUGUCAAGGACCCGAAGCUAGCUCUCAAAUACUACCAAAGGGCAAUUGAGCAAUGCUUUGAACACAGGCUGGACUUCUUUUCGGACGAGUUUGUUGGAGUCAGGGUCCGGCUAGCCCAAUGGCUUGAAGAGACAGGAGCAUAUGAUCAGUCUAUCCAUGCGCUGGAAGUCAUCCUCAAUGACCACAAGCGCUGGGUCGACAUGAUGGAGCAGCAGAUCAAAGAGGGCAAGAACCCGGAUCAACUGCUGACCGCCACCACUGCGACAGUAAUCCCGGCCAAGGACGCUGAAGGUCAGCAGAGCGACAAAGGCACAGAAGCAGCGGCGCAGGCAACUACAACUUCGACAGCUGCUGGCACUACUACGGAUGCCCAAAAUGCUCCAGGAACUCCUAGUACUACGGUUGACGGCACAACUGCUGAAGGACAACCUGAAACUCCUCGGGAGACUAUUUGGGGCAAGAGGAACCGAAUCAUUCGCAGAUCCAUCGGUAUUGCUGUCAAGCUCGGCCAACUCUACUCAGACGAACACGUUCUGAAGCAAGAUCUCGCCCAUGAGCGCCUCACAUGGGCAGUAGAGACGCUGUUGAGAGAGAUGCAGCGGCGUUCCACUGAAGGCACAAAGCCUGGCGAAUAUGAUUUUCUCAGUGACGAGGAGGUGGGCGGUGUUUUUGAGCAGCUAGGCCAAAGCUUUUUGGCCAAGGAUAAAGCUCACUUGGCGGUGCCCUUGUUCUUCCAAGCCCUCAACCUUUGCAAGGUGCCCUGUCACACGGCCACGUUGAUGAACAACCUGGCUACAGCAUUUGCUCAACACCCGAUCACUGGUGACAACAUCCCGCAGGACUUGAUCAAAUUCACCAACAAGUCAUCCCCAGAGUGGUGGGCGGCCACUAAAGCCACCUAUCUCGAGUUUGCCAAGAAUUGGGCCAACAACGCCGUCGGGCUCGCCUCUGGCACCAAGGGAGAAGACGUGAGAACUCCAGAGUGCGACCAGGCAUGUGCAGUUGCCCUUUGUAACUUGGGUGAAAUCGCAAGCUUAAGUGGGAACCCGGAGGAGGCUCGCAAACGCUUCAACCAGUGCAUCGCCAUGAGCAACAAGCUCGACUUCCCAGAGGGCGUGAAGCAAGCCAAGGCAGGACUUAAGGAACUCACCGCAGGCGAGAAGAAAUGAACACAGACUGCCACGACCGGAGCAGUACUGAGACAAGCACCGCCAGCUAACUCAUCUCAAUGCCAUAAGGGAACGCCCUAACAUCCGGAUGACCUCUUCAAGACCAACAAGCUUUUGAACUAUAGAUGUCACAAGAUUUGGCACGUGGUCGACAGCACUGGGGCUGCGUCGGAAGGGUGGAUAUCCAUCACUUGGGAGAACUGGACAUGAUCACGCAAUGGUCAUGACCACGCAAAUCCCGAGUGGACCCUGGGGAAACAGGCGCAAAGGCCGUGGCAAGGCUCCGUGCCGCGGCGCAACCCUGAGACAAAUGGCUGCUGCCUAGACCUAGAGCCUGUUCCCCAACCGUUAAUCAGGGGUCUUUGAGCGGAAUUCUCCGAGACGCCAAUACAACGACGCUAUCGGGGCUUCGUUGCUACUACUUAACGAGGUCUGCCAGGGGCAUAUCGGCGGGACAAUUGGGAUCAUCGGAAUGGGUAGGCUUUUGGGAAGCUCGCGGGGCGUAUAGGGGAAGGGAAAGGGCGCAAGGGUUCCCACAGAUGCCGAAUCAAGCGUAUCCCCUCGUAUAGUAGCGUGCAAUCCACCGGCAUUCUGGCUUGUGCCGGCCGGGAGUGGAUUGCCAGCAUCGAUACCACGUACAGCUUUUAAUCGCCAAUUUGGCACUCAUUAAGAGCCCCGCAUGAGUGCUUAAAAUUCCUUGUCGGGUGUUGAUUCGUUGAAUUUACUCAGGGUUCCUUUCUGGGUGGCUCUAUUCACAAAUGCCAGAUUUGGU